UCUCCCGCCGGUUCGCCGGCCUCUCGCCCUCCCGCCACUGGUGUCGCGCUUCGGCCGCAUCCCGCGCGUGUUUUUUUUUUCUCGUGAGGGACCUCGCGCCGCCGGGCGCGUGCCGUCCCCCUGCCUCGCGGCGCGGGCUCUCGCGGGCCCCGCUCCCGCCCUCCGCUCGCCUGGCCCGGACCGGAAGCGGCGCCGCACGGCCUGGGCCUGGCGCGGGGGGCGGGCUCUGGGGCCCGGUCGGACAUGGGCAAGAAGCACAAGAAGCACAAGUCGGACCGCCACUUCUACGAGGAGUACGUGGAGAAGCCCCUGAAGCUGGUCCUCAAAGUCGGGGGGAGCGAGGUUACCGAGCUCUCCACGGGCAGCUCCGGGCACGACUCCAGCCUCUUCGAAGACAGAAGCGACCAUGACAAACACAAGGACAGAAAACGGAAAAAGAGGAAGAAAGGCGAGAAGCAGGCUCCGGGGGAAGAGAAGGGGAGAAAACGGAGAAGAGUCAAGGAGGAUAAAAAGAAGCGGGAUCGAGACCGUGCAGAGAAUGAGGUGGACAGAGAUCUCCAGUGUCAUGUCCCUAUAAGAUUAGACUUACCUCCUGAGAAGCCUCUCACAAGCUCAUUAGCCAAACAAGAAGAAGUAGAACAGACACCCCUUCAGGAAGCUUUGAAUCAGCUCAUGAGACAAUUGCAAAGAAAAGACCCAAGUGCUUUCUUUUCAUUUCCUGUGACGGAUUUUAUUGCUCCUGGCUACUCCAUGAUUAUUAAACACCCAAUGGAUUUUAGUACCAUGAAAGAAAAGAUCAAGAAUAAUGACUACCAGUCCAUAGAAGAACUAAAGGAUAACUUCAAGCUAAUGUGUACUAAUGCAAUGAUUUACAAUAAGCCAGAGACCAUUUAUUAUAAAGCUGCAAAGAAGCUGUUGCACUCAGGGAUGAAAAUUCUCAGUCAGGAGAGAAUUCAGAGCCUGAAGCAGAGUAUAGACUUCAUGUCAGACUUGCAGAAAACUCGAAAGCAGAAAGAAAGAACAGAUGCCUGUCAGAGUGGGGAGGACAGCGGCUGCUGGCAGCGCGAGAGGGAAGACUCUGGCGAUGCUGAAACACAAGCCUUCAAAAGCCCCGCUAAGGACAAUAAAAGGAAAGACAAAGAUGUGCUUGAAGACAGAUGGAGAAGCAGCAACUCAGAAAGGGAGCAUGAGCAGAUUGAGCGCGUUGUCCAAGAGUCAGGAGGCAAGCUAACACGGCGGCUGGCAAACAGUCAGUGUGAAUUUGAAAGAAGAAAACCAGAUGGGACAACAACACUGGGGCUUCUCCAUCCUGUGGAUCCCAUUGUGGGAGAGCCAGGCUACUGCCCUGUGAGAUUGGGGAUGACAACUGGAAGACUGCAGUCUGGAGUGAACACCCUGCAGGGGUUCAAAGAGGAUAAAAGGAACAGAGUAACCCCAGUAUUAUACUUGAAUUAUGGACCCUACAGUUCUUAUGCCCCACAUUAUGACUCUACAUUUGCCAAUAUUAGCAAAGAUGAUUCUGAUUUAAUCUACUCAACAUAUGGGGAAGACUCUGACCUCCCAGACAAUUUCAGCAUCUCUGAGUUUUUGGCCACAUGCCAAGAUUACCCGUAUGUUAUGGCAGAUAGUUUACUGGAUGUUCUAACAAAAGGAGGACAUUCCAGGAGCCUGCAGGACUUGGACAUGUCAUCUCCUGAAGAUGAAGGCCAGACCAGAGCAUUGGACACAGCAAAAGAAGCAGAGAUUACACAAAUAGAGCCAACAGGGCGUUUGGAGUCCAGCGGUCAGGACAGGCUCACAGCACUGCAAGCCGUAACAACCUUUGGUGCUCCAGCUGAAGUCUUUGACUCCGAAGAGGCUGAGGUGUUCCAGAGGAAGCUUGAUGAGACAACAAGAUUGCUCAGGGAGCUCCAGGAGGCACAGAAUGAGCGACUGAGCACUAGGCCUCCUCCCAAUAUGAUCUGUCUCUUGGGUCCUUCUUACAGAGAAAUGUAUCUUGCUGAACAAGUGACCAAUAACCUCAAAGAACUCACACAGCAAGUGACUCCAGGUGAUGUUGUAAGCAUACACGGAGUUCGAAAAGCAAUGGGGAUUUCUGUUCCUUCCCCCAUCGUGGGAAACAGCUGUGUAGAUUUGACAGAAGAGUGUGAAGAACCUAAGGAGACCAGCACUGCUGAGUGUGGGCCUGACGCAAGCUGAACUAGCCUGGUAUUUGAUUCUAUUAUGUACAUAGUUUUUCAUUCUGAACUUGGAGGUGCUUUUCAGAAGAUAUUAACUAUUUGUAAAUUGUGUUUUAAUUAAGCUUUGGGACAGUUCCUUUUAAUGUUCCGAAGAUUGGCCUUGUAUUAGGAAAUAAAGCUGAACCUGGGACUGUGAGGCUCGCUGGCGUGUCAGCUGAAUUACCCUUUGCCUUACUCUGCCUUGGUUCCGAGGAUGGACACCUAGGACACACACCAGCCUUUCUCAUGGUCAUCUUUCAAAGGAGCAGUCCUCAAAAUAAAUUAAUUCCCCAAGUUUUCAUAUUUACCACUCUUACUAGAACAAUUAUAAGCAGCUAGUAAUAAGCUCUGCCCUACCAGAGCUCAUCUGAGUGACAUUCAGAAAGUAGCCUUACGAGCAUAGCAUCCUGAUAGCCUUUCAGACUGCCACUAAUGAUGGUCUGACUUUUUAUUAUGUUGUUGAAUGUGUAUUACGUACAUAUAAGUACAUGCAUGUAGCCCCUCCCCCUUUUGGGGUUUCUUGUUUGGUUGGUUUAGUUUUGGUUUUUUGUUGUUUUUUGAGAUAGGGUUUCUC